CUCAAGCAUCCCUGAUUGUUCAUCUGAGAGGAAUCUGAGUCCAGGCCUGAACCAUUCAUCCUGUUUCGAGUUGACUUCCCAGUUGCCAACAAUUUUACUAGCAAUGCUCUUCUCUUCAAUUUAUAUUAAUCAUGAUUAACUUUUUUUUUAAUCUCCAUUUUAGAGUUUAUUUUUCUAUGUUAACUAUUCACUUGGGGGGAAAUACAUUUUUUUUAAUAUUAUAUUCAGGGACAAAUCUAGAGGGAGGCAAGGGCGUUACUUGUAAGAAACAUUAAGUUAAAUUUUGGCUCUAUCACUUCAUGUUCUAUUUUCAAUUUGGCCUCCUCAUUAAAUUAAAGAAAUCAAUUAUCGCUAGUAUAUUUAAACAAUAAGGGUACCAUUAACAAGUCACUAUGUGAUUAUAUAGUUACUGUAUUCUUAGGCCUAAAGGACAUAUUACUGUUGUCAAAUUUUUAAAAUAUAUAUAUAAAUAUUACCUUCCUUGUCAAGAAUAAAGUGAAAAAGAGAAAAGGGGGGGGGGGGGAGAACAGUAUCCUCUUUUUGUGUUAUGUGACAAUUAGUUGAAUACUUACACUUAACAGCAGCUAAAUUGGAAUUGCUAAUAAGAGACUUGAUGAUAACAUAGUGUGUUGCUAUUAUUUUCCAGCCUGGGACUGAGAAGAUUUCCCAGUCGUCCGUGGCUGCGCCAGCCGCACGUGACCUGUUAUGACUUAUGAGAGAGACUGAGAGUUCAUUCAUUGAACGCAAACGUAUCAUAUCCUCGAUCUUGAAUCGCAUCACCAUCUCUCAUCCACCAAAAAGGGGGGAAAAGAAGUCUUCAACGUAACUAGAUGGCGUCUUCUAUCUUCUCGUCACCUUCCCUUCCCGCCGUCACCUUUUCAUAUUUUCCUUUCUUGGCCACUUUCCCGGAAAAUCACCUUUUGACCUUAAGAACCCCCUGUCGCUUUCAAUCUCCUCUAUAUAAAUUCUUUGCCAAGUUUUGGUUCUUUAGUUUAUCCUUGUCCAUCGAAUCCGUUACAUACCCACCAUCAAAAUUGAAACUUUUUUUCCUGGGAAACACACUGUUUUGAUCCUCUGAUAAACUGUGUGCACGUACUGAUGGAGAUGCUUGGGGUUAACAAGAACCCAGCGAUGAUGAGGCUGAUGAGAAACCAGAAAAGAAACGACGACGUUUUGAUGAAGAAGAAGAAGAAGAAGGAUCAGAAGAAGAACAUCAAGGUGACUUAUAUAUCGAGUCCCAUGAAGGUGAAGACGAGUGCUUCGAACUUCAGAGCUCUUGUGCAGGAGCUUACUGGGCAAGACUCCAAUGUUGCAGAGAAGUUUGAUCUGCAGGAAUCUGCAGAUCAUGACCAUGAUGAUGAUCAUGCCGCCAUGGCUGGACCUUCAAGUAAUGGUGGUGGUGAUGUUCAGCGUGAAGCUGAUGAGGAUGGCUUAUAUGUACCCAUGCGUGAAGGUUCUUCUUGGUUGGAUCUGUUAUCUGAUCGAGAUUAUUGUGGAGGGUUUCAGUAUUCAAGAUCCUUGUUGGAGUCAUUCAACCAACACCACAUGAAGUUUGAUUUGGUUGAGAUUUGAUGUUGUAAAUUAUUCUGUAUAUUUCGAUUUUUGUAUUCGUUACUGGUUAAUUUCAGGUUCUCUUCAUCUUUAGUUUAGGUUUUUUUUUUUUAGAGAUUUAUAUAUAAUUACGUUCUUAUUAAAAUUGCAAAUUUCAAUUUAA